CUUGGUCCGAUAGGCCUAGCACGAAAUCCUGCAAAGUUAGCAGAAGCAGCAGCAGGCAUGCCAAGCUCUGGUGGUAAAAAUAGAAUCAAUUUCUGAAAUGAUCAGCUUAUUAAACUUUAAUUGAUCAUACUUUGCUCUGUAUGUAAUUCUUCUUCAAUCUGGUUUAUUUUCUCAAUACAUAUUGUAGUUUAGCCCAAGAAUUCUUUUUUAAUUAUCAAGAUUCUCCUGCCAUUCUCUCUCUUCUUCUACUGCCCUUUUCAUGAUGAACCUGCACUUUCCUUUCCUUUCCUUUACUUUGAAACAAAUAUAGAUAGAUAGAAACUAGUGCUUUUGGAUUGCUUUCUUCUUUCCAUUCUUCGAAAAAGCUUAAUUACAAACACAAAUGUCGACUACCCCCGUCGGGACAGAAGACCAGCAGCCUCCUCCGACGGAUGUUCAGGUGGCCCAGCAAGCGUAUACAGCCUCUUCGGGUACUCACGGGUCGAUUGGGCCUUUUAUUGGAGCCCUAGCGGUGAUUACGAUUUUGGUUGCCAUUGCCAUUAUGAUCGGAAGGCUUUGCUCGGGUCGGCGGGUCAUAGGAAAGAGACAGUACGAUUUUGAAGGAUGGGUUGAGACAAAGUUUGCAUCUUGUAUCGAUGGCCGAUUGGAUCCACCUCCACCUUCCGUACCAUCUUCAACACGGAGGCCAACACCACCACCCAGGGAUGAUGCAGCGGCGGAGGAAGAAGAAGAAGAACAAAGAGAAAGUGGAGGGGAGCAGCAGCAGCAGCAGGAGAGAGCCUGAUCAUGAUGAUGAUGUUAAACAGAUCUCUCUCACUGUUAUGAUGCUGAUGAACUCAUCUUCUGUAAACUUAUUAUAACUGAUGAUCAAUCAACCCAUUCCACUUUCCUAUGGUAAACAAAUUAUUAUUGCCUGCCCUUGUUGA